AUGCGCUCCCUCGGCCAGAACCCCUCCGAGUCUGAGCUUCAGGACAUGAUCAACGAGGUUGACGCUGACAACAACGGAACGAUCGACUUCCCCGAAUUCCUUACCAUGAUGGCUCGUAAGAUGAAGGACACCGACUCCGAGGAGGAAAUCCGCGAGGCUUUCAAGGUCUUCGACCGCGACAACAAUGGUUUCAUCUCCGCCGCGGAGUUGCGCCACGUCAUGACCUCCAUUGGCGAGAAGCUCACUGACGACGAAGUCGAUGAGAUGAUCCGUGAGGCUGACCAGGAUGGUGAUGGCCGCAUCGACUACAACGAGUUCGUCCAGCUCAUGAUGCAAAAAUAA